UAGUCCAAAACAAAUAAAUGAGAAAAAUAAAAAGCUGCAUUCGAUCCUACGAUUCUGCACGCUGCUGAGCUGCUCCGAUUCCUCCGUCGCGAUUCUGCCGCGUCCAACGGGGGCGGCCCGAUUGUUGUGGUUUCGGACCAAUUGUUCUGACCCGACCCGUUUGAAACACCCAAUUCGCGAAUGUGAGGACAUUGGAUUAGGGUUUCGACCAGGCUUCAGUGACCGAUUUUUCUCUGGGUCCUCUCUCCUUUUCUGCUUGAGCUCUCGUGAGUCUCUCUUCUAACCAACAAGCUCCGCGCCUUUAACAGCCGCCGCCGCUUCUCCAGCUAGCACCGAAGAAGAGAAGCAAUGCAUUCACUCUUCUCAAGCAAAAGCGCCAUUCGACUUCAACACUCUUCAUUUCAUCGUAUCAGUAGCUACUUCUUCCUUAAGUUUCAUUCCGAUGAUUCCAUUCAAUUGGAUGAAGCUACGGUUCGGGAAACCCUUGUGUCCUUCAGUAACGAUUGGAAGAAGGCCUUUGACUUCUUCAACUGGGUGGAGUCCCACCACCACUUCCGUCACUCCACCACCACCUAUAACAACAUCCUUGACAUUCUCGCCAAGUACUUCGAGUUCGACCUCUGUUGGGACCUCAUCCACCGCAUGCGGUGGAACCCUCAUUCCCAACCCGAUCACACCACCUUCCGCCUCAUGUUCCACCGCUAUGCCUCUGCCCAUGCCGUAAACGAUGCCAUUUCCACCUUUCAUCGCCUCUCCCAGUUUAACCUCAAGGAUCACACCUCCUUCUCCAACCUCAUCGAUGCCCUUUGCGACCACAAGCACGUCCUCGAAGCCCAAGACAUCGUCCUCGGCAACAACAAGGACCUUCUCAUUGAUGCUGGCUUCAUCGAUAGCGUUGGGAAAACCAAGAUCUCCAACAUGGUUCUUCGCGGGUGGUACAAGAUGGGUUGGUGGAGCAAGUGCCGCGAGUUUUGGGAGGAGAUGGACGCUAAAGGGGUCCACAAGGAUCUUCACUCUUACUCCAUAUUCAUGGACAUACUCUGCAAGAGUGGGAAGUCAUGGAAGGCUGUGAAGCUCUACAAGAACCUGAAGAGCCAGAGGAUCAAAUUAGAUGUGGUUGUUUACAACAUAGUGAUUCGUGCAAUUGGUCUCUCCCAAGGUGUUGAUUUCUCAAUCAGGGUCUUCAAUGAGAUGAAGGAGUUGGGGAUUAAGCCGACUGUGGUAACAUACAACACUAUAAUGAGGCUCUUGUGUGAUAGCUAUAGGCAUAAGGAAGCACUUGCAUUGCUCAAUGUAAUGCGUAGGGAUGACUGCUAUCCCAACACAGUUUCAUAUCAUUGUUUCUUUGCGACACUUGAGAAGCCUAAAGAGAUGAUUGGGUUGUUUGAUAGAAUGGUUGGGAGUGGGGUGAGGCCCAACAUGGACACGUAUGUGAUGCUGAUGAGGAAGUUUGCGAGAUGGGGGUUUCUAAGGCUGGUGUUCAUGGUGUGGGACAAGAUGGAGCAGCUUGGGUGCAGCCCUGAUGCAUCUGCUUACAAUGCUUUGAUUGACGCUCUUGUCGAGAAGGGAUUAAUUGAUAUGGCAAGGAAGUAUGAUGAGGAGAUGUUGGCUAAAGGGCUUUCCCCUAAGCCUAGGAAAGAGUUGGGAACAAAGCUUGUCAUUCAUCAAGAAGAAGAAGCUCAAUGUUGAUCAACACAUACAAAAUACUUGUGUAGCAGGCAUUACAAUAUGGCUGCAUUUGUUUAACGAGGGAGGGUGGGACAAGACACUGUGAUAGAGUUUGAGAAGCAACCCUUCAAUCAUCACCGCAGUGAUGGACACAACAAGUAACUGGAGGGAUGAAGUGCAGCCUGCUUUCCGCCAACGCUUUUUCAACAAUAUCUUGCGUAUAUUGAGAAAGAUGGAGGGUCUUAGGCAUCUUGGGUAAUGUCUAUUGUUCUCGUUCCUCAACUGCUGGGUGACUUCUUUUAGCCUUUUUCUUUUUCAUUUCACAGAUUGCAUAACUUACAGUUAGGUCAUCCUCCUGAGAGUUUUGAUGAAAUCCUUGAAUUUCACAAAAUUGCUCAUAGUAUUGAGCAGAAAAGUUAUGCUGGUGCUACAAGCCAGACUGAGUAUGUUAUGCAAAUAGCUUGCAAGAUGGUUUUGAUGGAGAAAGCAAGAGAAAGAGAAUGGAGAGAUUACUUUUGCCCUGAUUCCCGACAAAGAAUUGUCUACAAAAUAAUGAAACUGUUAAAAAGACAUCUUGAUGUGACUGAUCCAGAGGGAUCACAAGAACUUUGGAGGAUUGCUGAAAGGUUUGAGGAGAAGAUCUUUUCUAAAGCAGACACCGAGACUGAUUAUCUUAGGAAAAUAACUAUAAAAAUGCAUAAAAUGGAGAAUACACCCCGGAGAAGCCAUUGACAACCAUGAAAUCAGCUUGAUCUUUACAAUGAACUUGUCAAUCCAGUUCAUACAAACCCGACGUAGCAUAGAAGCAGAGGUAGAAGAUUCCAGUAGAUGACUAUCCAAAGCGCCAGCGGUUGAAGCAAUUGUCUGUUAUAAUGGUUAAAACUUUUAGUGUUGUAACUGGUUCAACUAAAAUUGCGGAACUGUUUUUGACACCUUCUGUUAGAUUGGUAGUUUGGUCAUACUAACUUUUGUAAAGAGCCGUUGACUGUUGUGUUUAGACUUCCAGUUCAUGAUACCAAAUAGUUGGUCCUUUUUCUGAA